GAACCGCCGACCCUCUGAUUGAAAGACGGCCCCUGCUAUCCACUUAGCCACAAUCGCCCCAUAAUAUUAUAGCCAUGCUGAUGGUUUUGGUUUAAUGUGGCCAGGUUUUAGUAAUCGGCCUCUCAGAUAUCUGCCGCCACCCUCAAAACAAUAUUUUAAGGAAGACGAGAGGAAUCAAAGAUAUGUUUGUGGUAAUUUAGAAACAGUGCAUGGAUUGCCCACCAGAGAGCACUGACAAGUGUAAAAGGUCCUGCUCAUAAUUUUGUCACAAUUAGCCUAAUAAACAACCAAAUGAAGGAGUCAUUAUCAAAAAUAUUUUAGAUGUGCGAUGUUGAAAUAAAUAUUGGCCGAUGUAUCGUAGAUCUAUGUGGGUCGAACUCUAAUUUAUAAUUUGUGUAACAUAAAAAUCAACCUUUUAAGGGACUUAUACUUCAAUUGCUUUCUUCCUUUCUCCUUAAAGGAGGAUGUUUUAAUUUGGGAGCUAUGACAAUAUACAGCUUCCUGUUGCAUUGUGUGCUUAGUGGUCAUGGAAAUGAAGCCGUUGGCAUGAAGCUGAUUAGCUCUUAUGGUUUUAGGUUUGCACUUUUGACCUUGAAAAUAGUUGUUUGACAAAACGGCGAGUUUGUUACAAAUAUAAUGUAAAAUAAAAUAUUGUUGUUACUAUCAUCUACUUCCAUUGUAUAUGCUUCAAAAUAUAUAUAUACAUUUCAAAAUAUACUAUUUUUAAUUGGCAUUAAUUCUGAUUAUUUUAGAUGUUAAAAUAUGUCGAUCCUCUUACAAAUCUAAGAUAUUUUAUUUCUGAAAGAAGACCAAAGAUACACUCUGAUAUAUUUAGAUUUUCUAUUUCCAACACUUUCAGAUGUUCCUUAUCUAUUAAAACAUUGAAGCACUACGUUACGUGGAAAUAUUGUGAUGUUUAUACAGAGCGUCGUUCUUUCUCCCACGUGACUUGAACGCACCAUAGUAUCUUUAGCGUGAUGAACUCCCCGUCGUCCCUUUCGUAUCCCACAAUGCAGUUCGGCGUAGCUUCGCUGCUUUAGCGUUACAGAUCAGCUGAGCUCGUGCAUCGCUGCAGUGAGUGCGCGGGUGCCAGCGGCUCUGGAUCGGAGCAGCUCGGGGCCGCUCGGUGUGUCUCUCUGGUCUUCAUCAUUUUAAACCCGCUGAUCGACUGGAGACCGGAUCGUUUUAACUGCUGCAAGAAUGUGACUCUUUGAUGUUUACGUUUUUUGUUUUUGUUUUUUUUAACCCCCGUGAAUGGUCCCGACUCUGCUGAUCGAGUAGACGAUUUGAUAUAUAUAUUUUUUUUUAUUGUUAUUUCGUUCAUCAUCUGUCCUCCUCAGUGCGGAACACACCUGGACUGGUGUCAGGGUACCCGUGCUGGGUUUAGGAGGAGAUUCCAGGUUUAUAACCGGGAGUGGACAAUAAUAUGUCCAGGCGAAAACAGACCAACCCCUUCAAAGUUAACUGUAGGUAUUCCAGGGCCAUUCCACACUUCAGGCAUCACAGGACUUCAGCACACUAUUAACAUGGAUGGCAGGGACGAAUUCACCGAAGACAAUGAAUGCUGCAGCAACAACUCCCGGGAAGUACAAGAGCAGGAUAGCAUCUCAGAAAACAGCGAUAGUGACCUCGACAACCUCGGCGAAGACUCUUCCUCCAACACCUCUGCUGACGACCACAUGACCACCAAGAGAACGCAGUGCCGCCUACAAGGAGCGGGAGUCAAAGAGGAGAGCGAGGAAGGGGCAGACCACGGCAACAACUUUGUUUGUCCUCUCUGCCCGCUGGAUUUCAGCAGCCCUGAGAAGCUCAUCUCCCAUGUCUACCAGCACACGACGAUGAUGAGCAACAGCAAGAGCUAUGUGUGCCCAGUGUGUGGGCGAGCCCUGAGUUCUCCUGGCUCGCUCGGCCGGCAUCUCCUCAUCCACUCCGAGGACCGCCUCUCCAACUGUGCCGUCUGUGGCGCACGCUUCACAGACACCAACAACUUUAACAGGGAGAAGCUUAAAGAUGUCCUCGACACAACCAGGAUGGACGUCUCCGAAGGAGGGGACAGCUGCUCCAUGUCCCUCUCCAGCAGCCCCAUGACCAGCCCGGGCCCCGGCUCUUGCUCCUGCCACGGACCAGGCCCCAGUUCCUGUCAGGGCCCUGACCCCAACCCCAACCUAUGUCAAGCCCAUCGUAUCUGCCAGGGACCAGGCCACAUGCCGAGCCAGUGUCAAGGCCCCCGACCGUGUCACGGCCCUGGACCAUGCGCGGGCUCUGACCAGGGACCCUCCUUUCCCUCGCUGCCCGAUAGCCUCCUCUCUGAAGGGCCCUCACUGGCAUCUAUCCCCGAUGCUCUUAACUCCUCUUCCCCGGGCUUUCCUCCCAUCCCCGACAUCCUGAGCCCGAUGCCGGUGUAUCCUGCCGGAGUGCUGCUGGUGUGCAACAGCUGCGUGGCCUAUCAGCAGCUAGUGGACGCCCAGUCGCCGAUGCGAAAAUGGGCCCUGCGUAGGAAGAACGAGCCCUUGGAGGCCCGCAUGCAGCGUCUGGAGCGCGAGCGCACGGCAAAGAAGACCAAGCGGGCGUGCGAGUCAGAGGACGAGAGGGAACUCAGGAGGCUGCGGGACCGCGAGGCCAAGCGCAUGCAGAGGAUGCAGGAAUCGGAGGAUCAGCGGGCACGCAGGCUGCAGAGGGACAGGGAGGCCAUGCGUAUGAAGAGGGCCAACGAGACUCCGGAGAAGAGGCAGGCCAGGCUGAUCCGCGAGAGGGAGGCGAAGAGGAUCAAGCGACGGCUGGAGAAGAUUGACCCUGCUCUGAGGACACAGAUAGAGCACGAUCCUGCUGCCAUGGCGGCUCUCACCGCAGACAUGAGUCUCUUUCAGUUCCCCUGCCCGAUGCCUGUCCCUUCCAUUGAUAACGGUCUGUUCAUGAAGCUGCCCUAAAGGAGCCAGGCCACUAGAAGAGGGGGGGGGGGGGGGGCGUGGCAGCAGCACCAUUAACCUCUGCACUCUGCCAUCAGGCUGCCAUGGUCACAGUGAACCAUUCCUAGGUUCACCUCCAGCUCCUUCUGUGUCCAACAGCUUCACAAACUGCGUUGUUACAUACAGCGAAAAAACUACUUCAAUUUCUAAUUUAUUACAGUCUACAAAACCUUGGGAACAGGGUUGAGAAUGUUUCAUAUUGUAUGGAUGAUGACAUAAAAGCAUGUUGUAAAGAGAUUUAUCUGUUCGUCAGCAGAUUUAACACGUUCAUUUCUAGUAGGAGCGGUUCUACUUCCUGUUGGGGGGGGAGAAAUCUUUUUGCACAUGGACAUUCAGUGACAGGAGAGGGGACUUUGUAGCCUCAGACCCC